AUGUCGCCGCAAGAUAACUCCGGUCGCCCAGAUGGGGAGAAACCAGAGGGCUUGGCCAAGUACCUCAAGCGCAUGAGAACGGCUCUGCGCCCGCGUUCCUCCAAGCGCCAAUCCGUAGCUGCGCCGGAAGUCAUUGCUUCGGCUAGUCAACCACCUGCUGCCGUUAUCCCACAGCGCAAGUCUGUCGGCGCCGAACCCACCAUGGUAACCGACUACAGCGCUAUUCAACAAGAAAAAGCCCGCGCACUUUUCACCAAGUAUGGCUUGACUCUGGAACCCGGCGAAUGGAAAUCGCCUCCCGAUCUACAACUCACCCGGGUCACUAAACCCAUCCGCAUGCGUGUGCGCCGCACCUGUCACCGCUGCGAGACUACCUUCGGCCCCGACAAGGUCUGCGUCAAUUGCCAGCAUCCACGCUGCAAGAAAUGUCCUCGUACCCCACCAGCCCGCGAGAAGGAGGAAAAUGAAUACCCGUCUCUCCCCAAGACCAAGAUCCCCGAGAUCCGCGCUCGCCAGCUUGGUGGAGCUUCCUACACGCCGCAUCUGCGCUAUACCGGUGACCCGACUGCGCCAUUGUCCAUGCCUUCGCGCUCUGGAGGCCAGGAUUUCGUCAAGAAACCUGUUCAGCAACGUAUCCGUCGUAUUUGUCACGGCUGUGAUACGGUGUUUGCGCCUGGCUCGAAGGAGUGCGCUAAUUGUCAGCAUAUUCGCUGCAAGAAGUGUCCGCGCGAACCACCCAAGCCGGAUAAAUACCCGGAUGGAUAUCCUGGAGAUGUUGAAGCGCAGAAAUUGAAGCCCGAUCGCACGUACCGAAAGCCGCGCCGACGAGUCCAUUUGAUAUGUCAUGUCUGUUCGACUUCGUUUAACGAUGGUGCCAAUUCCUGUGGUAAAUGUGGACAGGCGAAAUGUGCAGAAACUAUAAGAAUUCCACCGAAGAAAGUCAAACGAGAGCCUGAUCCUGAAAUCCUUCGGCGUGUCGAGGAAAAAUUAGCAGCCCUGAACAUAGAUUGA